AUGAUGAUUUGUGUAGUGUUUGUAUUGGAAGUGAGAUGUGUUGAGAAGAAAGUCUAUCGAAUCGACACAAAACCAAAAGAAGAAAAGAAUUGUCAAUUGAAAGCAUUGGAUCAAUGUUUGAACAAAGCUUAUUAUUUCACACAUAGUUUGAAUGCAAGCGAUUCCAGUGGUGAUCACAAUCAGUUUGAUAAUAUGUGUCGGGCUGUCAUCAAAGUUAUCAAUUGCAUGGAUAAGUACUUCAAUCGGUGUUCACAUCCCACACACAAACAAGUCUACCAAUUAGGCAAAGAGCAGUUCUAUGAGUCUUGGAGUGAGAUGUGUACGGAUGGACCCGUGAGACAAAAUUACAUAAAACACUCGAAAUGUAUCCAAACAGCAGUCAAAGAAUCAAAUGAAUACAAAACUAAAGCGUUUGAAAAGACCAGGAAUUCCAACUCAAUGAUGGAUAUGAUAAACAUCGGGUGCUGUGCUUUCAAUCAAUGGCAGGAUUGUAUUGACAGUUUGGUUCAAGAAAAAUGCGGCGUUGAUGGGAAGCGGGCCGUUAUGGGGCUCAUAGAAAAAGCUUCAGGAGGUAUAGACUUGUCUAUAAUCUCUGUUCAAAAGAUUACUUUCAAUCGGGAUCUCAAAUGUUUAGUGAUAGUUGUUGUAGUGAUCGUUACAUUAAUCACUCAAUGCAUUGGUGAAGAGGACGAAGAAAGGACUCAAAACAGGGCUGGAUCUAGUGCUCAGAGUUCACAAAUGGCCGGAUCGACGGGUAAUGGAGGGACA